GUUGAUUACGAAGCCAGCGCCUAGAGUGCACGAGGUCCCGGAGAAAGGAACUUCGGCCACUCUGGCAGCAUCUGCCACAGUGCUGGCGGUUUGUGCUGCAUCGCGCAGGCGCCCAGCAGAGCCCCGAGCCGCUGUGCUUGUGCGAGUGCAGGCCACCGAGAAGAAGGAGAAGAAGAAGCAGAAGGGAGGCGGUGAUGACAGCGUCUACAAGGACUCGGUCAUGCUGCCUUCCACGGACUUCUCCCAGCGCGCGAACGCGAAGACGCGGGAGCCCGAGAUUCAGGAGUUCUGGAAGAAGGAGCGGAUCUACGAGAAGCUGCAG